AUCCAUCUAUCCAACCAUGAAAUACUGAUUGACUAUCUACUAUGUUUUGGCAUGUUAUUUCAACAGGAACUUGAUGCAAGACAUGACAAAUAUGAGAGACUUGUGAAACUUAGUCGGGAUAUAACUGUUGAAAGUAAAAGGACAAUUUUUCUUCUCCAUAGGAUUACGAGUGCUCCUGAUAUGGAAGAAAUAUUGACUGAAUCAGAAAUUAAAUUGGAUGGUGUCAGACAAAAGAUAUUACAGGUAGCACAAGAGCUGUCAGGGGAAGACAUGCAUCAGUUCCACCGAGCCAUUACUACAGGACUGCAGGAAUAUGUGGAAGCUGUCUCUUUUCAACACUUCAUCAAAACACGAUCAUUAAUCAGCAUGGAUGAAAUUAAUAAGCAGUUGAUAUUUACAACAGAAGAUAGUGGGAAAGAAAAUAAGACCCCUUCCUCUGAUGCACAGGAUAAGCAAUUUGGUACUUGGAGACUGAAAGUCACACCUGUUGAUUAUCUUCUGGGAGUGGCUGAUUUAACUGGAGAGUUGAUGCGGAUGUGUAUUAACAGUGUGGGGAAUGGGGAUAUCGACACCCCCUUUGAAGUGAGCCAGUUUUUACGUCAGGUUUAUGAUGGGUUUUCAUUCAUUGGCAACACCGGACCGUACGAGGUUUCUAAGAAGUUGUAUACCUUGAAACAAAGUCUGGCCAAAGUGGAGAAUGCUUGCUAUGCCUUGAAAGUCAGAGGUUCAGAAAUUCCAAAACAUAUGCUAGCAGAUGUAUUUUCAGUUAAAACAGAGAUGAUUGAUCAAGAAGAAGGCAUUUCUUAGAAUCACAUUACUGUUGUUAUUCUCUUGGGAACUCCCAAGAAAGACCAAUUUUUAAGACUGUUAUCUAGUAUUUCAUUUGACUUUAUUGUGGCUUUUACAUAGAAACAUUUUUAGUUGUACUUG